CUCAGCAAGCGCGCAGGCAGGAGGCACAGGAGCUAGCUUAGCUUAGUACUACUCCGUAGUAAUGGGGUCGAACGCCAAGCUCGCGGUGGUGGCCGCGCUUUUGAUCCUGCUGCAGGUGUCGUGCGUCGCCGUGGCCCGGCACCACCACGGCGGCAAGAAGCAGCCCGACCCGUGCGGCCCCGACGCCGCCGCCGACUCCGCGCCCGGCACGCAGGGGCACCACAAGGAGCGCCCCCCACACUGCCCGAAGCCGGGCGCAGGCGGCGGCGGCGGCACCCCGGCCGUGAUGACGGUGAACGGGUUCCAGAAGGGCCAGGACGGCGGCGGGCCGGCGGCAUGCGACGGCAAGUUCCACAGCAACAAGGACAUGAUCGUGGCGCUGUCCACGCGCUGGUACGCCGGGGGCAAGCGGUGCCACCACACGAUCCGCAUCACCAGCAAGCACAACGGGCGCACCGUGGAGGCCAAGGUCGUGGACGAGUGCGACUCCAGGCACGGCUGCAAGGACAACAUCGUCGACACCUCCGAAGCCGUCUGGAAGGCUCUCGGGCUCGACAGUAACAUCGGCGAGGUGCCCGUCACCUGGUCCGACGCCUGAAUUGAUUUGAACCGUACGUCCGCCGCCGGCCAGCCAGCCGGCGAGCAGCGCGUUCCGGCGGAGCCGAUGAUCGCGCGGAUCGACGAGACUGCUCAUAUAUAUGUCUCGAUCGAGUCAAGUGUUUGCUAAUCUCGAUGGGUACGUACGUAUAGUAGGUACACUGCUUGGUCGAGUACGUAGCUUCAGAAUAAACUACUCCGUACUUCUCUAUGGAUAGUAGUGCAGGUUUAUCUUUACUUUUGUAAGUGUCACACGUGCGUACGUGUGGUUGUCGUCGGUACCAGUCGAAAUACUGGUGCUUUGUUGUGUUGUGAUAAAUAAUCAUAUGCUAUUCUGGAUA